AUGGACGGCCUCACCAUCGCCGCCAGCCGCCCACGCCGCGCGCGCAAGAGCCGCGUCACGACGGGCGACUCGGACGACGAGUUUGCCGGGCGAGGAGGAGGCGGCGGCGACGGCAGCAGGCGGCUGCGGCUCCGGGUCGGCCAGGGCGGAGGAGGUCCUGGGCCCAACCCGGUCGACUCGGUCGGCUGGGACCGCGAGCUCGACUCGGACCCGGACGAGCCCCUCGCCGUCGAGGAGCACUUUAUCCUGCGCGUGCCGCCCGAGAUCGCCCCCAAGCUCAAGGAGCAGGUCGACCGCCGCGACCUCGCGCCCGACACCUGGUUCAAGUUCAAGGACUCGCGCCGCGCCGUCUUCCACCUCGGCAAGAAGCUGUACGGCGCCAAGCUCGUCGACCUCCCGGCCCUGCUCGAGAGCCAGCGCCUGACGGGCGUCGGCGGCCAGACGGUCAAGGUCGCCGACGUGUCGCAGAUGCUCCUGGUCGAGGAGGAGAUCCAGGACGAGACGCAGGCGACGCGCGACAAGGUGUUCAACAUCGAGGACUUUGUCUACCCGCACGGCAUCACGCCGCCGCUCAAGCACGUCCGCAAGCGCCGCUUCCGUCGCCGCAUCAACCGCAGAACGAUCGAGCAAGUCGAGGCGGCCGUCGAGAAGCUGCUGGAAGGAGACGCUCGCGCAGAGCAAGUUCAAGUCGAGAUGCUCGACUACGACGUGCCGUCCGACGACGAGGACUACGACCCGACCCAGGGCCAGAAGGGCAGCGAGUCGGCGGCGCCGACACCUCGACCCGACGGCGCCGCGAGCUCGCCCGCGCCGUUCCUCGGCGACGACGGCGAGAGCCAGCGCGGCGGCGACGACUACGACGACGAGAGCGAGGACGCCGGGAGCGGCAGCGGGUACGACAGCGACCUCGCCAAGGAGAUCGAGAAGGACCUCGGGCUCGGGACCAAGGACGCGGCCGGGUCCGACUCGGACGACGACGGCGACGGCCUGUUCGGCGGCAGCUCGGACGACGACGACGACGACGACGAGCCGCAGGCGCAGGCGGGCGACGCCGAGACGCUCGAGCUGCGCAACCAGAUCAAGGAGGCGGCCGAGGCCAUGGCGAGCCUCGACAAGGCCAUCGAGAAGAAGGAGACCGAGAUCGCCAAGGCGACCAACGUCCUGUUCAAGAAACGGUUCGAGGCGCAGCUGCGCGGCAUGGUCGCCGACCGCAAGACCAAGUCGCUCCAGCACGACGAAGCGGCGCGCGAGCUCGACAAGAAGCGGCAGGACGCGGCGGCGGCGGCCACGGAGGAGGCGACCAACCCGCCGUCGAUGAGCGCGGCGGUGCAGCCGGUCGUCGCUGGAGGAGGGACGCCGGCGGCGGACGCGAUGGACGAGUCGUGA